AUGUCACACGUUCCAGGACAUCUUCUCAAUCGCACCAAUCUAUUCGGAUCAUCUGAGAUAACAGUAAUCUUUGAUCAGGAUGUCUAUCACCCCUCCUAUCGCUACGAAGCCCAUGAUCCGCGGGACUGGAAGUCGGCUGCUCUUCGUGGCCCAGCCCUCCCAGCACUAGGCAAUGCGACUGCCGGCGCGAUCGGCGCGGCUAUAUCAAACGUUGUUGUCUACCCCCUUAAUGUGAUCGUAGCCCGUCUACAGACCCAGAAUCGGAAAGCCAAGGACGAAGACGAGAAGUCGGAUGAAGAUGAAGAGUACGCCAGCGUGCUUGAUGCCGCUCGCAAAAUAUAUGCCCAGCAAGGUAUCUCCGGCUUCUACCCCGGUUUAGCGCAAGAUACCUGGAAGACAGUCGCAGACUCCUUCCUUUUCUUCCUCGCAUACAGCGCUAUCCGCCAGAAAAGAAUAGUCGCGCGCGUUGGUGCGGAACGAGCAGCCAGAAGCAAGCACAUCAUUCUGCCGGUACUUGAUGAGCUCGCGGUUGGGAUUCUGGCCGGCUCAUUCGCAAAACUCUUUACCACGCCGCUGUCUAACAUUGUGGCGCGCAAGCAGACGUCAGCGUCGCGCAAAGAUAAAAAUGCCAAAAAUUUGUCUACAAGCGACAUCGCAAGUCAAAUCCACUCCGAAAAGGGUCUUCUUGGCUUCUGGUCCGGAUACUCCGCCACCCUGAUCCUGACACUCAACCCGUCUAUCACAUUCUUCCUGAACGAAUUCCUCAAACGCACCCUCCUUCCUCGAUCAAAGCGGGACAAGCCCUCACCAGCCCUCACAUUUCUUCUGGCAGCCUUGAGUAAAGUCGCAGCAUCAUCCAUCACAUACCCUAUCUCACUUGCCAAGACUCGGGCGCAAGUAAUGAGCAAUUCGAAGUCCGAGUCUCCAGCAUCCGAGAAGACCAAGUCACUUUUGUCCUCGCUCACACCUGAGAUUCUUUCUGCAGUCCUCACAAUCGCCCGUACAGAUGGCGCAUCAGGGCUUUAUGCAGGUCUGCAAGGUGAAGUUCUGAAAGGCUUCUUCUCCCACGGCUUUACAAUGCUAGCUAAAGAUGCGGUAUAUACCUCCAUCAUCAAGAGCUACUAUCUUCUCCUAAUGCUCGCACGACGCUACCCCUCGCCCGAGGAAUUGAUGGAGCGUGCUCGCGAGCAGGCCGAGGAAUACUCCGAGGUGGUUCGCGAGGGAGCGCGCGACCUAGUCGAGCGAACUAAGGAGGGUGCCGAAGAGUUACUGAAUGCAAAUGCUGGCAACGUCGCCGUUGACAUGACAUCGAGCUCGGCUGGUGCCGCUGGUGCCGCUGAGAGCGCACGUCACGGCAUCGACGCUUCCUCUGGGCUCAAGGUUCCAAACCCCUCGGUCCCUGACGAGCUCAACGAGACAGCUGAGUUGGUCGGUGACUAUGUUGAGGAUGAAGCGGUGGAAUGGAAGAGCUUAUAUCAUUGGUUCUGGGAAAAAGAUCGCAGCCCGCAUCGAGACUGA